UCUCUUCACAAUUUGUGGGUGUAUGUCUUUUGAGAGCAACAGAAGGAGCCAAACUUUAACUCUUCCUGUGGUCCCAGGAGACCCAGUGGCUAUGGAUAGCCAGCCACAAGUCCAGCUUGCCCAAACAACAUCCACUAGCUGGUGUAUCUUCUUCUCUAUGCUCUAGAAGAUUAGUAUUGUAGGGCUUCUGUGCAGCACCAAGCAGGAAUUCAGAAAAGAAUGCCUGGAAGCAUCCACAUCUCAGCCACUCAACCACCAGUCAUUAUCCCUCUGUUCUUGCAAGUCACCAUGGGCAAAAGAGAAUACAGUGGGAACAUAGAACAAGAUGAUAUAUCUUUCCCUGUUACAUCACUUCGGGAGAGUAUGGUAAUAAUGAUGUACAAUGCAGACAAGGAAUUGAUAUCGAAAUCAGAGUUGAAGACAAAAGUGAUUGUGGAGUCAGGAACUAUGGAUGCAGUAUUUACUCUUGAUAGUGGAGGGAAAAUAAUUCUUCAGGUUCAGUUCUUACUUAAUGAUGAUGACCGCAAGCGAAUCCAAGAAAUGAGAAAUUCUGCAAUGAAAAGGAAACAGCAAGAGCUGCUUGGGGAUGCCAAUGAACUCAAUUUUCCAGACAGCCCAUUGUCUAAACGGCUCAUAGAGAAGAUUUCCAACAUUCAAAGCAAAGGAGCUGAGCGAUCUAAGCUUCGGAAGAGUUUGUCACUGGAUGAUUUGCAAGAGAGGGCUGUGUUAUCUGGAAUAAAUGUGGAUCCACGGAUGAAGAAGGCCUCAAGAGACUUGUUGCUGCAAAGGGGUUUUAGAGACACCUUAAGCUUGGAAGAUACCAGUGGCUACAAGAAAGGGAGCAGUAUACCAGAGAGCAAAUCAAGUAGUUCGGUGAAGAAGAUGAUAAGUACCUUUGAAGGCACCACCCCACAGGGCAUCAUUUCAGAAACAGAUGUAUCACCCACGCCCACCGACUCAGGCAGCACGCAGGCAGGCAAAACAGUCAUCCCUUUUGAUGAUCAUAAAGCUUCAAAUUACAGGUCAGGGAAAACUGUUUCGUCUCAGCAUAUAAAAAUGAGUGAACCUGUACAAACUGGGAUGCCGAAAACAACUGAAAGCAGAAGAAGCUGUAGAUCUGAAACUGGUGUAUCACCCACACCCACCGACGACUCAGGCAGCACACAGGCAGGCAGAACAGUCAUCUCUUUUGAUGAUCAUAAAGGUUCAAAUUACAGGUCAGGAAAAACCGUUUCGUCUCAGCAUCUAAAAACGAGUGAACCUGUACAAACUGGGAUGCCAAAAACAACUGAAAGCAGGAGCUGUAGUUCUGAAACCGGUGUAUCACCCACACCCACCGACUCAGGCAGCACGCAGGCUGCAGUCAUCCCUUUUGAUGAUCAUAAAGCUUCAAAUUACAUGUCAGGGGAAACCGUUUCGUCUCAGCAUAUAAAAACGAGUGAACCUGUACAAACUGGGAUGCCAAAAACAACUGAAAGCAGAAGAAGCCGUAGAUCUGAAACUGGUUUGUCACCCACACCCACCGACGACUCAGGCAGCACGCAGGCAGGCAAAACAGUCAUCCCUUUUGAUGAUCAUAAAGCUUCAAAUCACAGGUCAGGAAAAACUGUUUCGUCUCAGCAUAUGAAAAUGACUGCACCUAUACAAACUGGGAUGUCAAAAACUACUGAAAGCAAAAGAAGCCGUAGUUUUGAAACUGGUGUAUCACCCACACCCACCGACUCAGGCAGCGCGCAGGAAGGCAACACAGUCAUCCCUUUUCAUGAUGAUCAUAAAGCUUCAAAUUACAGGUCAGGAAAAACCGUUUCGUCUCAGCAUAUAAAAAUGAGUGCACCUGUACAGACUGGGAUGCCAAAAACAACUGAAAGUAGAAGAAGUCGUAGAUCUAGUAGUCGAGAUGGAGCAAGCAAGCAAAAUCUGAGAGAAAACGAGCUGACCAGAACUAAGAGGAGACCCCGAGCAAAGCAUCAGCUCUCCAUUGGUCCCUCCUAUUCGGCGGAGCAGAUGCACUCAAGAGGCUACGUGGAGCGUCCCUUGAACUAUUUGGUUGCAACAUCAAGCACCUGGAUACACCCACACAUUUGUGUCACAAGCGCGAGCAAACAGCUAAAAGACCUCCUUGAGCUUGAGAAUCUGAACUCGCUUGCUCAUAUCCAGCACACUGGCAAAAACCAGCAUGUCCAGGAAGAUAUCCAAGAGAACAAAAGCGAUGAAUCCAUUGCCUCUGCUCAAACUCGAAGCGGUGGUUUCCCGAUGAUAAACGGGUGGCUGAUAAAUCAGGGAGUGCGUGCUGCAAUUGUGGUGAUAGCUUGCGGGGCUAUGUUCUUCAACAACAGAUGAAAAUCUUUGUGUGAAGCAGUGCCGCUGCCAUUAAUUUAUCCUUUUUACUGCAAAUUUCGGACGAUGGUCAGAUUUUGCAUACAAACUCACAUUAUUACGUUAGCUAUAUAAUUGUAAAGUUUUGAGUGCAGAUUCAAAUUUUGGAAAUGCAACCGCUAAUUUAAUAAAAAAAAUACCCAUGUGUGGGCGAUUUUUAAAAUGACAAAUUUUGUUUGUCAUGACUUUUGAGCUAGGUUGCACAAAUUGUUGAGCCAGGUUUUUUGUUAUUCGAUGUGCAUGAAGUUAAGAGAAAAUGAUUUGUGGUUUUCACCUAAACGCUAACUCCUAUUAUUAUUCUCGGUUUAUUAACAA